AUGAAGAGCAUCACAAAACAAUCGUCGACAACUGUCCUGCUGUGGUCGUGGAGAGAAGCUUCGAUGGGAGUAACAGAAACACGCAACUUCCGGAUGCUGAACCAAUUGUGCGGAAGCAACCGGACUGUCGUGCUGUCCCACGGGACCGUUGCCGAUGGCACCCUCGCGGGCAUCCGUGGGCGAGGCUCCAGUAUCGCGCCAGCAUCGGACCCGUAUUGGGCAGUCCAACUCAAUACGGGCGGUAAAAAGGAAACGGCCCGUUGCUGA